AUGUCUUACCGUGGCAUUUCAAACCUUCCCAAGCUUCCCCAGGAGGACAUCUGGGUCCCGAAGAAGCUUUCCUCUUCUCGUUCGGCUCCUAGUGGGAUGGAGGACCAGGCAAUGGCCAUUAGCACGCCUUCCGACGAGAAGACGACCACCCCGGCAACCAACGGCCUUGCGAGCUCCCGUUGGGCUGCUGUCCCCGCCGAACCGAGCCAGGUUGGCAACAAGAAGGCUGCCAAGGCCGACCAGGAGAACAAGAACAAGAAGAACCACCAGAUGAAGCCUCGGAACUCGACCCUCAACCAACCUCGCCCAGACAACAAGACCCGCGGGACUCCUGCCAUUACGACGCCGGCGACCGCGCGCCGAAUCAUCGGUCCCCUCUCGGCAGAGGAGAAGGAGGUCAAGAUGGAGAAUCCUUUCUUCGACCCGACCAAGCACAAGGGCCUCGGCAGCUCUCGCUGGGCGAACGAGUGA